CUCUCUCUCUCUCUCUCUCUCAGGUGCAUAUUAUACAAAAGUGUAUUGCGGCAAACCAAUCUGAUUAUUGCAGUUCCUUUAGUGUCCUGAUAAAUCCGUAGUAGUGUUAUAGAUGCAUGUCAUGUUGUAGAAGUGCGUGUGUGCAGUGAGAUGAGGUGAAGGUGAGGCGUGGUGUGGUGUGGGUGAGGCGCCUCGCCAUAUCGUGAGGUGGAGUAAUUCAGAUGAAGUGAAGUGAAGGGAAGAGAAGUGGGAUAGAAUAAAGUCAAGAAAUAACAGUUUAUGCAUGAGUGUGUUGUGAGAUGAGAGUAAGGCGGUGUGUGGUGAGCAUGAGCUGCCGUGAAGUGAGGAGAUGUGAGGUGACGUAAGGUGAGGUGAGGUGAAGUGAAGUGAGGUGAGAUACGGAACAGCGCUUCCCAUUCUUCAAGUAUAUUUACAGGCGCUAUAGGCCAUAACAAAAAAAAUGUAGCUUGUGUGAGUGAGUGAGUGAGUGUACGGGACACUGCAUGCAUUUCAGGAAAGUUCCCAGCAAGAUGCAUGAACUUAUAGAAGCUUGGAAACUAAUGUUGUGUUGUACCAGUUAGCACACCUGCGAGUAACUGUUGUGUGGUCUGUGUCUGAGUCCGUGUCUGCUGGCAGGUGACGUCACACCAGCCGGUGUCCCGCACCCCAUGGCGUCCAGCCAACCUGAUGGCUCACAGGAAUGGUUCCAGGCAAUGAGGGAAGAACCAGCUACACUGCCAAUGCGUAUAAGAGGAGCAGAGUACAUUCCUUCCGAGCGUGUCUGGUGUGUGCCGCUGCCAACGAGGGCCACGACCACCUGCUGCCUCACCUACGUCAGGCAGAGCUGACCAUAGAAGGUGGAGGUACCGCUGAGUGUAGACCGCUGAUGCUGGCUGCGGUGAAGAGCCACACCCAGACCGUGAAGGCACUGGUCUCUCUCGGCGCGAACCCUCUGGCGAUUGAUAGGCAAGGGUGGACAGCUCUUCACAUUGCUGCCGGUGUGGGCCGGCAGAAGUGUGUGGCAGCCGUCCUGUCCGUCACCCCCGCCACUGCUGCACACCUGGAGGGAGUCACACCGGUGCACGCCGCCAGUUACUAUGGACAAGUGCAGGUACUGGAGCAGCUGGCGAUCGCUGGCUGGCCCCUGACCGGCAUGGAAAGUAGUGGUUGGACACCCCUGCACUGGUCUGCCUGCGGGGGACACGUAUCAGCGGUGUGGUGGCUGGCGCUGCGAGGUGGUGACCCGUGCAUGCAGACCCCGCUGGACCUGGCCGUGAUGCAUGGCCGCCCCGAGGUGGAGACCUGGCUGAACAUGAAUGGCGGCGGUGGCGUAACUAUGGGCAGCGAGGCUCCGCGUGUGACAUGCGGCUGUGCACCACCACCACCACCACCGCCACCACCAACUCCACCAGCACAGCUUCAACUUGCCUAUCAGUCGCCAGAGGGUUCGCGCCGAGAGAGAGCAGUGCCUUCACUGUCUGGGUGUGGCCCUUCACCGUAGCCAGCAUCGGCGGUCUACAGUCAGCUGUACCUCCACCUUUUAUGUUGAACCCUACCUGUAGUAGGUGAGGCAGAGUGACACCCAAGUGGGCACCCAUAGCGAGAGCAGACCUCACCAGUGCCUCAUCUCUUUUCAUCACACCGUUGACCAACCCCUGUUUGUGUGUGUCUGUGUGUGUGUGUGUGUGUGUGUGUGUGUGUGUGUGUGUGUGUGUGUGUGUGUAGGGGGAAAGUAGUAGUAGUAGUAGUAGUAGUAAUAGUAGUAGUAGUAGUGGUAGUAGUACUAAAUCUAUGUAUUAUUAUUAAUACAGGAAUACGUCCAGCUUUAGUGAGUGUAUUUGAUGUAACGUGGAGAGUCUUCUUGUUAUUGAUUUUUAAUGUAGUGUUCACUGAUAUGUAUUACACAACUGUUUGUGUUAUAAUAAACUAGUAAUUUUGUUUAAAGCAAGUACCCGUAUGAUGUGUAAUAACUAAUGGGGGUAUAAGUGUAAUGGAAACAUUGGCAAAACUGUAUGAUGCUAUGAUACUUAAACUUAGAUUAUGAUGGCACAUAGACAAAUGUGAGGCAGGUGCCCAGAAAAGGCGAGGAUGCAUUGAGCAAAUUGUUACCUUAAGGCUAUUAUGUCAUUAUGCGGCAUAUAAGAAAAGGAAACUCUAUGUACUAUUUAUAGACUUCAGUAAGGCAUAUGAUCGAGUCCAUAGAGAUAAGUUAAUAGCAAAUUUUAAACGUUUAGGAUGUGGCAGAAUAAUGGUGAAGGCAAUAAAGGCAAUGAAUGUAUUCUUGUACAAAAAACAUCUUAAAGUCAGCAGUAAUAGAGUCAUCCAUUGGUGCUUGCCAAGGGGCCCCGACCAGCUGUUUGCUCUUUAUUUUGUAUGGUAAAAAUUAUGACAAAUGAAAUAGCAGUGGACGGUUUUUUAGGAGUAUUAUAUGUAUUACUUUUAAUGGAUGAUCCGGUAAUUUUAGCAACAAACAGAGAGAUGUGCGGAAAAAAGCUAAACAUUGUAUUGAAAUAUUGUGGUGAUUAUGGAAUGGUUAUCAAUGAAAAGAAAACAACAUUCUUUGUUAUCAAUGGGGAGGAAGCGACAAGACUUGAGAGUAGGAGGUGUGACUGUCAACUACGUGCCUAGUUACUUGUAUCUGGGCGCAUGGUUCACUGACACUGCUAAGAUGAACGAUGUGAUUAACAUGCAUGGGAUAGCUAAUGAGGCCGUUGUAAAUAAAUUUUCAAUAUUUUGUGCAACCAAUACGCAGAUGCCGUUUAUAUACAAGAAAAAAGUGUUUGACGCAACAGUGACUUCUGCACUGCUGUACAGUUGUCAAUCAUGGCUAAGCAACAACAUGAAAAGUUUAGAGAGACAAUACAAUGCUUUAGUGAAGUAUUUGUUGGGAGUAAGAAGAAAUACUAGUAUUAAUUUAUGUAUGCUUGAAAGUGGUAUCCUACCUAUUGGAGAACUAGUGAGGAAAAGAAGAAAAAGUUUCAUAAUAUCUAUGUUAGAAAAUACAGAUAUUGACCAACCAUUCCACACAAUAUAUGAUCUCUGUAGACGAGAGAACACACCAGGAUAUAGAUUUCUGUACUGUAUAAGGAGAUAUAUUUAGAAGCUGAUUGUGAGCCCUUAGAGAAGAUUAAACAGACUAUUAUAGAUACACCAAACAAUGUCUAUAUACCUGACUAUCAACACGAAUAAUUUUCAGGAUUAAGGUUGAUGUCACACAGUCUGAGAAUAGAGACAGGAGCUGAAGUCGUACGCCUCGCUAAGAUAGAGUGUGUGUAUGUGAUGGUACUCAAAUACAGACUGAACGACAUGUGUUUGUGGAGUGCCCGCUAAGUGAACACCGUCCUGGCAGGUAUCCCAUGAUACAGUUUGCAAAUAUUAGUGAUUUGUUAAAUGAAAAUGUGUAUGUCAGAGAAUUGUGUAGCUUUAUAUUUGAUGUUUUUGAGAUAUUUACAUAAUUUACCUCUACAGUUUAUCAGGAAAUGAUAUUUCUUUUGGACAAAAUGAAGGAAUGUAAUCUUUUGUUUUCAUAUGAUAUUGUAUGCAAAUUUAUUUCGUCAAUAAACUAACUAGCUAACUAA